GUUAUAAAGAAAAGAAGAACUUUGAUCCAAAUGUAGGUUAAUUUUAAUAUAGAAUCUUGAUUUGUUAAAAGGUUCAAAGGCUUUUUAAAAUUGAAGUUAAAAAUGGAAACCAUUUAUUUGGGUUUCACUCGUAAUAGCAAGGAGUAGUUAAAAGAAAGAUAGAAGCCCAUAAUACAAAGAAGAAGAAGAAGAGCCCAUCAAAACUUGCCUCAAUCCUAAUUAGGUUUAUUCCAAUUUUGCCAAGUACGCCAGCAUCUCCUCCUUCGUUCCAGCUGAAGAUUGCUUCUUCCAUUUUUUGGCCCGAUUUGAUCAUUUUCAGCUUUGUUUGGGGGUGUUUUGGUCUUUGUUAAAAGAUCACAGCAAAUAAAAAUGGGAGCUACGAAACUUUCGGGGAUGCAAAAGCAAGUCCUGAGUCUCUACAGAGGAUUCCUAAGAGCAGCUCGUUCAAAGCCAACGACGGAAGACAGGAAGAGAAUAGAGACGAUCGUGUCGACCGAGUUUCGCAAGAACUCAAAGGAGGUUGACCGUAAGAACUUUCAGUACAUUGAGUAUCUGCUUCGGCUAGGUCAUAAACAACUUGACCAACUCAAAAGUCCCGAUAUGGUUUCCAUCUCCUCUGUGAAGAUCAACUAGUCGGUGAUCAUAUUUGUUAUGUAGAAUCAUCAUAGAGAAUCAACUGAUUCCUUUAAUUCCUCCCAAGUUUCUUUAACAUUGGUUGGUAUGUUGUAUUUGAUAAUGCAUAACUUGAACAACUGUUUCAAUAUCCAUAAAUAAAAGAGGUGAUUACUGAUUACAAUUGGAAUAUAUAUGGGUUGUGACCUUUCAAUGCAAUUGCUAGUCGCAGCUUAGUGUUCGUUUUUUUUUGUCCGUGGUUAAAUGGUAAUUGCGGAUUGCAAGUAAACGAACAUGGCUAAAUUGUUUUAUCUAUAAUGCACUAUGCAUUGGAAGAAUAAGAGACAUGAGGUAGCAAAAAAAGAAGUUGAGAAAUGGUUUAUGAUAAAAAGGGGCAACUGUAAUAUAUGGAAGUUUUGCACAUAAUCACCAAUUCACAAUUACACAAAAGCAGAAG